GGUCUCGCGGGCUCCGCCGAGGACGGCGCACCCGGGGACGUCCCAGGCCAAACGCUUUCAGGGAGGCAGUUGACUUUUCCGAGGGCGGUGGCUGGGGCGAGGCUGUCAGCCUUCCCGGGUCAGCACGCUCGGGCGCCCGCUCCCCCUUGCCUGGAGCUGCGUGGCGGGGAGGGUCAUCCGUCCCCCGGUGUCGGUGGUGGCAAGUGCUUGGCUCCAGCCGACCCCCCUAACCCCACCCCCGGUUCCUGUUAGCUAACAUCGCCGGCAUCCUCUAGUGACCACAGGUCUAGUCUCUUUCGCUGCAAGUUGCAUAAAGUUGCAAGCGCUUGCCUCGCAUCCCUGUUCCCGAAAAGGAGUACUCCAGUAUUCUAGUUUGUUCAGAGGAGGAGCCCUGUGAUUAUGCCUUCAUUCAGGGAGUGAGUGAGUCAUUACGGAAGACAGUUCUUGGUUGACACAGAAAUGAAGAGUAUCUUGGCUGAACAUUCACACAGAGGGGAUCAUUAUGACCCUGCCCCUACAGGAGUGUGAGCAGCACCGCUUCAGCACCGAAGCCUCAAGUCCACACCGUGGGAAGAAGGCCACUUCCUGGGGUGCUCUCCUGUUCGCGCUGAUGCUGGGCUGUGCCAGCAGCACUGUCUGCUACAGGGAGCAGCAGACGUGGUUCGAGGGUGUCUUUUUGUCUUCCAUGUGCCCCAUUAAUGUCAGUGCCAGCACCUUUUAUGGAAUUAUGUUUGAUGCAGGCAGCACCGGAACUCGAAUUCAUGUUUAUACUUUUGUGCAGAGAACAUCAGGACAGCUCCCCUUUCUGGAAGGUGAAAUUUUUGAUUCUGUGAAGCCAGGACUUUCUGCUUUUGCAGAUCAACCCAAGCAGGGUGCUGAGACUGUUGAAGGACUCUUAGAGGUGGCCAAAGACUCAAUCCCCAGAAGUCACUGGAGAAGGACCCCAGUGGUUCUGAAAGCAACAGCCGGGCUGCGUUUGCUGCCCGAGCAGAAGGCCCAGGCUCUGCUCCUGGAGGUAGAGGAGAUCUUCAAGAAGUCACCUUUCCUGGUCCCAGAUGACAGCGUUAGCAUCAUGGAUGGGUCCUAUGAAGGCAUCUUAGCUUGGGUUACUGUGAACUUCCUAACAGGUCAACUGCAUGGCCAUGGCCAGGAGACUAUGGGGACCCUUGACCUGGGGGGGGCCUCCACCCAAAUCACGUUUCUACCCCAGUUUGCGAAAACCCUGGAACAAACGCCUAGGGGCUACCUCACUUCCUUUGAGAUGUUUAACAGCACUUUUAAGCUCUAUACACAUAGUUACCUGGGAUUUGGAUUGAAAGCUGCAAGACUGGCAACCCUGGGAGCCCUGGAAACAGAAGGCACCGAUGGACGGACCUUUCGAAGUGCCUGUUUACCAAGAUGGUUGGAAGCGGAGUGGAUCUUUGGGGGUGUGAAAUACCAGUAUGGUGGCAACCAAGAAGGGGAGACGGGCUUUGAGCCCUGCUAUGCAGAAGUGCUGAGGGUCGUACAAGGAAAACUUCACCAGCCGGAAGAGGUUCGCGGAAGCUCCUUCUAUGCUUUUUCCUACUACUAUGACCGAGCUGCCGACACGCACUUGAUUGAUUAUGAAAAGGGUGGUGUUUUAAAAGUUGAAGAUUUUGAAAGAAAAGCCAGAGAAGUGUGUGAUAACUUGGAGAGCUUCACCUCUGGCAGUCCUUUCCUGUGCAUGGAUCUCAGUUACAUCACAGCUUUAUUAAAAGAUGGCUUUGGCUUUGCAGAUGGCACCCUCCUACAGCUCACAAAGAAAGUGAACAACAUAGAGACGGGCUGGGCCCUGGGGGCCACCUUUCACCUGCUGCAGUCUCUGGGCAUUUCCAGCUGAGGCUGAGCAUGUCCUCUGAAGCCUGCAUUUCUGAACAACUUUGUUUUUACAGGAAGGAGCGGACUCAGGCAUUUUCUGAGCUACUCUGGGGAAAGCCCGGACUGAAACCCAUUAGCCGGCUUUAUUAGGAGGGAGGGGGUUUUAUAGAUGAGUCUUGCCCCUUGAGCCUAGUGAUUUGGGCUUAAUUAAUUUUGCACAUCUAAUGUGAACAUCUCCCUAACCACUUGGCAGGUGUACAGCUGUCACCAGAGUGUAAAUCUUUUGAGAUUAUUUAUAUGUCACAGAGUCCUGUGGGGGUGGGGGGAAGAAUAGGUUUGGAACUCCAUGUUAGAUUGGGAGUUCAGAGAUAGGUCCUUGGGAACCAAAGGAAAAAAAUCUCAUUUCAACCCUUGGAGUGCCUCAUUCCUUUGAAUGUGUUAGGUUUUUUUUUUUGCUUAAAAGCUAAAUGAAGUUGACUUACUGAAGUCCAUAACCUAUCAAUACUGGUAUUUUUUUUCUUCUUCCCACCCUUAUUACACUCCCUACCCUAAAACCCAAGGUGAGAAAUACCUGGUUUUGCUUCCCAUCUGUAACUCAAAGAGAAGGGGGAAAGAUACUCUAUUAGAAUUUGUGUGAUCCUAUGGCACAAUAGAUCAACCAGCCAAUUUAGUAUUUUAUUUUUUGAUAGGCAUCAUAUUAUGUUGCUCAGGCGGGCCUGGUACUAUGUAACCCAGGUUGCCUUGAAGGAUCAAUUCUCCUGCCUCAGUCUCCUGAGUCUUGGGAUUACAGGUGUAAGCCAUCAUGCUCAUCUCAAGGGAAGUCUUAGCAAGAUGGUGGAGGACCUCUUAACUGUGCCUGGACUAGAGACGUAAAAAAGAGGGCCAUCCAGUCGGUCGCAAGAGACAGCUGCUGCAGAGCAGGGCUGUGGCCUACUUACUACCUUUACUCCUCAGUCCACUCUGGGGUUACGACCUCGCAGCCUUAGAGAUGCGUGCAUAUCCAGUGCCAGCGCCGCCUCCCAGGCCAGUGUGGUUAUGGUGUUAAACAUGGCCCUGAACUUAGCAUCCUUGUAUUUCUGUGCACUACAGCUGCACUCUGCCUGGUUUUGGUCUAUGGCUAGAAGUCAGUGUGUGUACUAUUCGAAUCUAAAGACCACCAUCGCUUUCAUUUGUCCUUGGGGUGGGGUGUGGAAAGUGCUGGAGACGGAACCCAGGACUUCUUGCAUGUUCAGCACAAUGUGCUACCACUCCGCUGUUACAGUGAUGCUUUCCUGCCGGGGUCCUUACUGACUUAGCUGCUGUUUUCUGAAUAUUGUCCAGCUCAGGAUUUCACAUCCUUUCCAGUGGUACCCAACAUUUGAUUUGAUUGGCUAUUUUGGCCCAUAUCAGAACAUUUCUAGAGAACCAUGUUUUUCUCUCAGGCCACCCUUUGUGUUGAGGUUGAACACGGGUCGUCAUGCAUGCUAGGCAGGGGUGCUCUACUACAUUAUAAAGUCAUUAUCUUAAAAUUUUUACCAGGUGAUGGUGGCGAACACCUUUAAUUGUAGCACUUGGAAAGCAGAGGCAAGUGGAUCUCUGAGUUUGAGCCCAGCCUGGUCUAUAGAGCAAGUUCUAGGACAGCCAGGGAUACACAGAGAAACCCUGUCUUAAAAAACCAAAAACAAAAAAAAAUCAUCAUGUCAUUUCUUGUGUGACCAUCACUGGCUUGCCUCCUACUUGGUUUGUAGCAUCCUCUGCUGCUCAGCUCCUCCAUCAUAUCACUUUACCCCGUCCUCCUUCCUCUUCUCUUUCCAGGGACGUUUCCAUCUCCCCUAACUUGUAAUUUUCAGUCAUCUCCUUUCCACUCUUCACAAAGGAUGUGAAUAGCCUGGCCCCAUGGCAGCCCCGGGGGAACUGUCUUUUUGAAGCCAUUACAUUGAGUCAAUAAGUAUUACCAUCUGCUGUGUAUAAAAAUGUAGGCAAAUGUGUAUCCCUACCCCCUCAAUUUUAGGGUUUUAUUGUUUUGAUUAAAUGUGGAAUUUCUUCAGACUUUCACACUGAGAA